AUGAGUGAAAGUCCCGUGGAGAAGGAACUGGGGGUUGUGGUGAAUGAGAAGUUUGCUGAGAACCAGCAGUGUACAUUUGUAGGUUGGAAGGCCUGCAGUACCCUGGGCUGCAUUAAAAAAUUGGUGACUGGCAGGGAGAUGGAAAUGACCGUCCCUUUUGUACUGCGUCCAGGAAUGGGGCUUCCAGAACAAGAAGGACAUAGAGCUGUUGGAGAUCCUUCGGUUACUCAAGUGACAAGAAAUGUUCCCCCUGGACUAGAUGAGUACAAUCCUUUCUCUGAUUCGAGAACAGCUCCUCCAGGAAAUGUGAAAAUGUCUAAUGUACCCAGUACUCAGCCAGCAAUAAUGAAACCAACAGAAGAACCACCUGCUUACACUCAAAUUGCUAAGGAGCAUGCCUUGGCUCAGGCAGAACUACUAAAGCGUCAAGAAGAAUUGGAAAGAAAAGCUGCUGAACUGGAUCGCAGAGAAAGGGAAAUGCAGAAUCUCAACCAGCAGGGGGGUAGAAAAAAUAACUGGCCACCUCUUCCUGAGAAUUUUCCAGUGGGCCCAUGUUUCUACCAGGACUUCUCUGUAGACAUUCCUGUAGAAUUCCAGAAGACUGUAAAAAUUAUGUACUACUUGUGGAUGUUCCAUACAGUGACACUGUUUCUUAAUAUCUUUGGAUGUUUGGCCUGGUUUUAUGUUGAUGCUACUCGAGGUGUUGAUUUUGGAUUGAGUAUCCUCUGGUUCUUGCUUUUUACACCUUGUUCUUUUGUCUGCUGGUACAGACCACUUUAUGGAGCCUUCAGGAGUGACAGUUCAUUCAGGUUCUUUGUGUUCUUCUUUGUGUAUAUCUGUCAGUUUGCUGUACAUGUACUUCAAGCUGCAGGAUUUCAAAGAUGGGGAAACUGUUAUUUGUUGUUAUUUCACGUUUACCACUUGCUAAUGAAAUUUACUAAAACUUGCAGAACAAGUCAUUGUGGUGUUUGGGUUCAUGGUCUCUACCGCACAACUGGUGCUAGUUUUGAGAAAGCACAGCAAGAGUUUGCAACAGGAGUGAUGUCCAACAAAACUGUACAAACUGCUGCAGCCAACGCCGCAUCGACAGCAGCAACCAGUGCAGCUCAGAAUGCAUUCAAGGGUAACCGAAUGUAGAGGAAAUGAAAGAAAUUGUUGCGGUUCUCUUUGAUUGUGCUUUAUUUUCAGGUCAUUUAUUCUGUUUCCUAAAAGCCUAGAAUAAAAUUAACACAGCAUGUUUGUCUUUUCUUCAGCUGUGCAUGGGUAAAAUGGGAAAUGUUAGUUUUGUUCUAUUAUAAAUUUAUUUAUUUUGAAACUAAAUUCUUUGCCCUUCUUUUAAAAGUUUCUAUCUAUGAUGUAAAGCCCUCUGUAUUUUAUGGGAGAUAAAUCAUUUCAACAAUUGGUCUCAUAAUGAACAAUGGUAUAUAAUGAUCAAAUAAAUAUAUUAGGAAUUUGAUAAAUUCUUCAAAUUUUUUAGGAUAAGUCUUUUGAUAUAAACCUGUGAGUUUGCAUGAAUGCUGUUGAGUUAUCUGAUCAUACUUAAAUUGUGUUUUGGUACAAAAUUUACUUGCACCACUUUAUAGCAUUUGUUUGUGUCUAUUUUCAUGGAGUAUUCUCUUCCUGUGAGAAAUGACAAUGAUGCAUAAACAUUCUUUGUAACGGAAUGUGUAAUGCAGUGUACAAGUUAAGAAAAUUAGCUGAUGGUUACAAUCACAGACAUAAAUGUUAUAUACUAUGUUUUUUAUUUCAGUAUUUCUUUCUUGAGGUAAUAAUUUUGCUGGAAAAGAACAGAUAUUGAUGUUUAGAACACUAGUUUCUUGUCUAGCUCUCCUCAUUGACCUGCAGUGGUAUUUUUGUUUUGGGGAUUCUUAGAUUUUUUUAUUUUUUUUUAGUGUAGAUUUGUGUUUAACAGUGGUACUGAAUCUCUAGCCUUGUCAGUCACUCUGUUUACUGCUUGUCCAAAAAUAUAAAUACACAGUAUUUAAUUUUCUUACAAUAAUAUUGUCUAAGAUCAAUCUUUUUAAGCAAUGGCAUUACAGAUACUUGAAUGCAUUUUAACAUAACACAGCCAUCUCUGUGAUUUACGCUUGGAAGUAAGAGCUUCCUGUUUCAGACUGAAAAGUGAAAACUAUUCAUCUUUCACAAAGUCAUUGAGCUGAAGGCCUAAAAGGUUGAACGGUUGCUGUGGAACAGAACAGUCAGUAAUAGGCUGUACCAUCAUAAUGUUCUAAAGUUUAAUCAGGUCUCUUAUUGUAAAGUGAUGGAUUUGUCCUUUGAAGGUUACUUAGAGUUCCUUGAUUUGGCUCAUGAGCAUAAUAUUUGAGCAUAAUAAAGCUUUGUUUUAGAAAAUGAAAGCAGAACGUCAUCCCAUGACCUGUAGUGUAAUUUUAUUGUGGCUGAAAUUUUUUCAGCUCUUAAUGUGAAUCAUUUUUAGCAAGAUUGAGCCAUAAGUUUCUGAGGCCCCUCCAUGCUGACCGAUUAAAUCUUUCUCAUACAGUGUAUUUAUAACAACAUAAAGUUUCUAUUUUUUAGUGCUAUUAAUUUAAUUCCUUGAUGAGUACUACCAUUAGCUAUAGUAAUUAGUCUUCAUUAUACUGACUUCUUUAAAUCCUUGAAUUUGGAUAAAUGUAGCAGUUUCACCUACACAGAAGUUAAAUAAUAAUAAUAUACUAUCAUCUAAAUAUUCUUUGCAUCACAAUGUUAAAAGCGAUUUAAAUGUUCUAUCUAAUAGGGGCUCUAAAAUUUUACAGUAGUGAAUAGGUUAGCAUUGAACUUAAAUUUGUGUAAGAUGUUAAAAAAAGCUUUCCAGACAGGUCUUCAUUUUCUGCUGAGAUCGGGGAUUACACUUCUAGCAGCUAUACAUCAAAGUUGUUCUUCUCAAAAUCCUUUAAAUUUGACUUGGCAUAUUAUGUUUAGGAGCUGCAAUAUGGAUUAUUUUGAAUAUAAAUUUAGGUAGUUAUCUUGGAUCUCCCUUGGAUAUGAAUCCCAGGGACAUAAUCAUUGCUUUAAGCUGAAGAAUGCAUAAUAAAAUUACCUGAAUAUAAUGAGGAAAAGGUAUAGAUUUAGGUAUAAAAACCUGAAUUUGGCAGGCAUAUUUUGCCAAAUGUUUAAAUGUUCAAUGAGAAUGUUCAGUGUAUGCUGGGUGUCGAUUUGUAAUGUCCCGGGCUGAAUAUAUAGAUCUAAACCUCAUAAGCAAAAUUUAAGAGGCAGUUACGUGAACUUUUAAACCAGAAAUCUGGUUUGCAGUCCAAAAGGAAGGAAGAAGUUUGAGUUUACCUUUGGCAACAGAAGGCUGAUGUUGGUUAAAAUACUUUUACCCAAAAAAAUGAGAUUUUAGCCUCUUACUAAUUACCAGACUAUGGCACCCACUUGUCAUUUUGUAGUAUUGUGACAAAUUGAGUACAGAGUAUGAAGUUUAAACACUGGAAUGUCAGUAGUCAUUGAUACGUAAUAUAGGAGUAUUUAUCAUGGGGAUGUUUGUAUAUUUUGUAAAUUACUAACAAUGCUCUGUCAUCCUGGUGAAUGUCAUGAUUCUCUACAAAUACACUCCUUCUGUCCCUCUGUUGCAUGUCUGAGCUGUUCAGAAGUUUUGUAUAUUUAUUGUAUUAACACGGUGUCACAGAAUAAAAAGAAGAAACUUUUUUUCCGGGAUUUUUGCUCUGUAUAGUUUUGAACAAAAUAGUUUUUUCUUUCAGAAUUCAGGAUGACAUACAAGGCGGCUGAUCUAUGUAAAAAUCUCACUUGCUUUUUCUAAUUCUGUACAUAAAUGCUUUAAUUAUGCUGAAAUGGGAAAGUUGCCCACUAUUGAAAUUAUACAUUAGGAUAAUCAUAAUAGCCAACUCAAAUAUUAUAAGAAACAUUCUCAAAUACUUGCACAGCCUGCUUCCUUGUGCUAUAUAAUUAGAGAGUUAAAAUCUAAAUAUGUUUUGUCAUUACUGAAUGAAAUUCUGUGGCUAUCCAGUGAAUCCUGAAACAUUAUUGAAAGUAAAAUGAAGUUGCUGAAAACA